GGGCAAGGCAUGCAGUGAAUCCCAUAGCAGCACAGACACGGGCCUGAGAGCUGAUCAUGUCGCUGGUCAUACCUCCUUUUUGGCUGACUGCGGUAGCCUGUGGUCUUCUGUUUCUCCUCCAUGUGCAUGGUGAAGACUCAGCCAGACCCAUCAGGACCACCCAUACAGGACAGGUUCGGGGCAGUCUUGUCCACUUGAAUGACACCAGAGUGGGUGUCCACACGUUCCUGGGAAUUCCCUUUGCCAAGCCACCUCUAGGUCAGCUGAGGUUUGCACCCCCUCAACCUCCUGAACCAUGGAGCGGUGUGAGGAAUGGGACCACCCACCCACCCAAGUGUCUACAGAAUUCUGAAACCGUGAAUGCAGAGAGUCUGGAGAUGAUGAAUCUGAGCAUGCCUCCCAUCCCUAUGUCUGAGGACUGCCUGUAUCUCAACAUCUACACACCAGCCCACGCCCAGGAGGGCUCUAACCUGCCUGUAAUGGUGUGGAUCCAUGGUGGUGCACUGGUUAUGGGCAUGGCUUCCAUGUAUGAUGGGUCCACGCUGGCAGCCACUGAGGAUGUGGUGGUGGUCAAUAUCCAGUACCGCCUGGGUAUCCUGGGCUUCUUCAGCUCUGGAGAUGAGCACGCCAGAGGCAACUGGGGAUUCCUGGACCAAGUGGCUGCUCUAGGCUGGGUCCAGCAGAACAUCGCCUACUUUGGAGGCAACCCUGACCAGGUCACAAUUUUUGGCGAGUCAGCAGGUGGCACAAGUGUGUCUUCACUUGUGGUAUCCCCUAUGUCCCAAGGACUUUUCCAUGGUGCCAUCAUGCAGAGUGGGGUGGCCCUGCUGCCUGGCCUUAUCUCCAACACCUCUGAGGUGGUCUACACAACAGUGGCCACCUUAUCUAGUUGUGAGGCCAUAGACUCAGAGACCCUGGUGCGCUGUCUGAGAAGCAAGAGUGAAGAGGAGAUUCUGGCUAUUAACGAGGUCUUCAAGAUGAUCCCUGCCAUGGUAGAUGGGGAGUUCCUACCCAAUCACCCCCAAGAAUUGUUGACUUCUGUGGAUUUUCACCCCGUCCCCAGCAUCAUUGGUAUCAACAGUGAUGAAUAUGAUUGGCUUCUCCCCUUGGAAAUAACCACAGAGACCCUGCAGUCUGUUCUGAAGAAUACAGCAGCACAGAUGAUGCUGCCUCCUGAGUGUAGUGACCUGCUAAUGGAAGAGUACAUGGGGGACACUGAGGAUGCCCAGACCCUCCAAGCACAGUUCAGAGAGAUGAUGGGAGACUUCAUGUUCAUUAUCCCUGCACUCCAAGUAGCACAUUUUCAGAGCUCCCAUGCCCCUGUCUACUUUUAUGAGUUCGAUCAUAAGGCCAAGUACCUCAAUGAUGUCAGACCACCCCAUGUGAAAGCUGACCAUGGAGAUGAGGUGCCCUUUGUCUUUGGGAACUCCUUCUGGGGCAUGCAACUUGACCUCACUGUGGAGGAGAAGCUGCUGAGCAGGAGGAUGAUGAAGUACUGGGCCAACUUCGCACGGCAUAGGAACCCCAACAGCUUGGGUCUACCCUACUGGCCUGUUUUUGACCACAGUGAGCAGUAUCUGAAGCUGGACACCCAGCCUGCUGUGGGCCGAGCCCUGAAGGCCAGAAGGCAUCAUUUCUGGACCCAGACUCUUCCCCAGAAGAUCCAGGAGCUAAAGGAGUCUCACCUGACCUGCCCUACAGAAGUUCAGACUCACGCCUGUGUACCAACCAUGAGACUGGAACAAAUUCAUGCUCGGCUAACCACUGCGGCCUGUGGGCUCCUGCUUCUCCUCCGGGUCCAGGGCCAGGACUCAACUAGUCCCAUCAGGACCACACACACAGGCCAGAUACGGGGCAGCCUCAUCCAUAUGAAGGACCUUGAUGUGGGUGUCCACUCUUUCCUGGGAAUCCCCUUUGCUAAGCCUCCUGUAGGACCACUGCGCUUUGCACCCCCUGAGCCACCUGAACCAUGGGGUGGUGUGAGAGAUGGGACAUCACAUCCGGCCAUGUGUCUGCAGGACAUCACUGCAAUGAAUAUGCAGGCUUUUAAGCUGUUGAAGCUGACCUUGCCUCCCUUCCCUAUGUCCGAGGACUGCCUAUACCUUAACAUCUAUGCACCAGAUCAUGCCCAUGAGGGUUCCAACCUGUCUGUGAUGGUGUGGAUCCACGGUGGCUCACUGGUUAUAGGCAUGGCUUCCAUGUAUGAUGGAUCCAUGCUAGCAGCCAUGGAGAAUGUAAUAGUGGUCACUAUCCAGUACCGCCUAGGUGUUCUGGGCUUCUUUAGCACUGGAGAUGAGCACGCCAGAGGUAACUGGGGAUACCUGGACCAAGUGGCCGCCCUACGCUGGGUCCAACAGAACAUCGCCUACUUUGGAGGCAACCCUGACCGGGUCACUAUUUUUGGCACGUCAGCAGGUGGCACAAGUGUCUCUUCACUUGUGGUAUCCCCUGUGUCCCAAGGACUUUUCCACGGUGCCAUCAUGGAGAGUGGGGUGGCCCUGAUAUCAAGCCUCAUCUCACUAUCCUCUGAUGUAGUCUAUCAAACAGUGGCCAACCUCUCUGGAUGUGAACAGGUGGACUCUGAGGCCCUGGUGAACUGUCUGCGAGGCAAAAGCGAGGAAGAUAUUAUGGCUAUUAACAAGGCCUUCAAGAUCAUCCCUGGCACAGUGGAUGGUAUUUUCCUACCCAGACAUCCUCAGGAGCUGAUGGCCUCUGCUGACUUUCACCCUGUCCCCAGCAUUAUCGGUGUCAAUAAUGAUGAGUAUGGCUGGAUCAUCCCCUCAAGCAUGAGCAUGAUUGACUCCAAAAAGGGAAUGGACAGACAGAUGGUGCAAGCUCUCCUGCAGAGAAGGGCAACCCAGAUGAUGUGGCCUCCUGAAGUUAGUGACCUGCUGAUGGAGGAGUACAUGGGGGACAAUGAGGACCCUCAGCUUCUCCAAGUGCAGUUCACGGAGAUGAUGGAAGAUUUCACCUUUGUGAUCCCUGCACUGCAAGUCGCACAGUUUCAACGUUCCCAUGCCCCUGUCUUCUUCUAUGAGUUCCAGCAUCGGCCCAGCUUCUUCAAGGACUCCAAGCCAUCCCAUGUAAAGGCUGACCAUGGUGAUGAAAUUCUCUUUAUCUUCAGAUCAUUUUGGGAAGGCACCCAAGUUGACUUCACUGAGCAGGAGGAACUGCUGAGCAGGAGGAUGAUGAAGUACUGGGCCAACUUUGCACGACAAGGGAACCCCAACAGUGAGGGUCUACCCUACUGGCCCAUGUUUGACCAAGAUGAGCAGUACCUGCAGCUGGACACCCAGCCUACUGUGGGUCGAGCUCUGAAGACCCGAAGGCUGCAGUUCUGGACCAAGACUCUUCCUGAAAAGAUACAGGAACUAAAAGAUAUUGAGGACAGACAUAAAGAGUUGUAACACCCUUGA